AUGAGGCAACUACAGUUGCUCCUGAUCGGGGCAGUGCUGCUAUUGAUCAUGGCGACGCUACUGACCGUGCACGGUGAACCGAUCAAGUCGGGUCACCAUGGUCACGGUCACGGUCACGAUCACCAUCAUCAUCAGAUACAUCAUCACCACAAGAAGAAGCACGGGAGCCAUCAUCAUCACAACAUGGUGUACGGGUUUGGCGAUCCGUUCGAGUCGAAUGGACGGUGGCUGCAGGACGAGAACAGCGAAUGCAACUGCGACGUGAUCGUGCAGAAGAUGAAGAAACUACGCGAGAAGGUGCUGACCGUGGUGAGUUCGUUUGAUAAGCUGCUAAAGGUACAGGUUGAUCUGCGCAACAUUAAGAAUAUGCUGAGGAACAUUGACCUGAGCUUGACCACGCUGGGAGGUUUCGUUUCGAGCAGCGAGAGUCAGAUCGCUUUCCUCGAGCAUCAAACGCAUUCAAUUUCACUCAAGCUGAGUCGAGCAAAGGCUGGUAUAGUGCAGCUGAUAACGAAAGAAAAUCUGGUGGAGGCUUUGGGACCGAUCAAAUCGUCUACCGAUGCACCACCGCUAGAGGAGCUUGACGAAAUCGUGUACAGCUCGUGUCAGGAUCGCCGAAUUGUCAAGACGGGCGUGUACAAGGUGUACGUAAAUAUCACCAAGAGUAUGUACGUGCUGUGUAGUCUGGACUUUGGUCAGAAUGCUUGGACGGUGAUACAGAAUCGCUACGAUGGGUCGGAAACAUUCUUCCGCCCGUGGAAACAUUAUCAGCUUGGCUUUGGGUACUACGGGUAUGGCGAGUAUUGGCUUGGUCUGGAAAACAUCUACACGAUGAUGUCGGGUCGGGAGUACGAGCUGCUAAUACUGAUGGAAGACUUUGAUGGUAAGUUUGCGUACGCCAAGUACAAGUACUUCCGCAUCGAGGGCGAAAAGGACGAUUACAAGCUGGCCAAGCUGCACGGUUACAUUGGCAACGCGGGCAAUUCGCUGCAGGAUGCUGAGGGUAUGAAGUUCUCCACAUACGAUCGGGAUAAUGACAAGUCGCAGACCAACUGUGCGCAGGAGAAUCACGGUGGUUGGUGGUAUAGGGCGUGCGGUGACAGCAACCUGAACGGUGCGUACCGGAAGGAGUACUCGCACGAUCUGACCGGUAUGUUCUGGAAGGAGUUCCGCGGCUUGAACUACAGUUUGAAGCGGUCUCGUAUUAUGAUCAGGAACAAAAAGGAGCAUCAGCACCACCAUAAACCGCACUACCAGCAUCAUGGGUACCACCGAAUAGACGUGGAGGAUGGUGAGGAAGAGGUGGAUGAAGAAGAGGAGUACGAGCCUUAUUUUGAGGCUGAGUUUUAG